AUGUCCCAGGUUGUAUACAUCACGCUGGAACCAUCGGAGUCGGAUCGUGUAGACGAUGUCCCGAAAAGACAGCCCCAUUGGGUCCAUCCGAAUUUAAUUGAGAGCGUCGACCCCGUUAAGGGCCGCCAGAUACGUGCGUCGGACCUCAUUCCGAAAGGCACCCGCGUCCUUGUCGACCACCCCUAUGCCAUUAUUCCUGUCGUGGAUGAACCAGCGGCCAACGAGGAUCUCAUUUGCAGCAAUCCCGCUUGUAAUCGUCAAAGCCCGCGCCAUCUGGGCCGGUUCCUGUGCUCAAAUGCAUGCAUACCGGACGUGGCAUGGUGCAGCAGCACUUGCAGAGACGCUGACAAAGCCCGCCAUGACUUCGAAUGCACUUGGUUAAAACGAUAUGCCCAGCCCAUCCGAAAUAAAUGGGGCGAGUACGAUUUCGGCAUGUUAUGGCUGAUUGUUCGGCUGCUUGCCUCUCGGGAUAGAGAUCCGCAUGGUGAGAAUGUCGCACCGAAGACUCAGCAAUGGAAAUAUGGCUGGUCCGGCAUUGCCUCGUUAUGUGGAUCUUCCGAUACCUGGUCGCAUGAGCAGGUUCGAUCAUGGACUACCCUGGUGAAGAAGUAUCUCCGGGACAGCCCCGUCCUACCGCAUGGAUUGACCGUGGAUCGCGUUCUUCACCUGAUCUGUCAAGAAGAAGCGAAUUCGUUUGGUCUCUACCCACGAGAAACGGGCAUUUUCCCACCUCCGCAUCCGCCGGUCGAUCGAGGAGAGCAAUAUGCUGCGGCCGUCUAUCCAACUGCGGCAAUCGCGAACCACUCGUGUAUGCCCAAUCUAAUACACAAGCCCGAUCAAGACGGCCACAUGGUUUUUACCGCCUCUCGAGACAUUCUUCCAGGCCAGGAAUGUUGCAUCUCUUACUUCGACCUAACGAAAUAUACGGACCUAACUUCGCGCCGCGAACAUCUGCGAAAAUCGUUCAGAUUCAUAUGCCAGUGCGAACGAUGCAUCUCUGAAGAACCCGCGAAAGAAACCAAUGAGUGGACCUCAAUGCCGAUGAUGGAUAUAUAA